AUGCAAGUUUAAUUUUCUGAUAAUAAUGUUUAAGAAGUAGCUAGCCUGAAUAAUCGCAAGCACUCUGUUACUAUAAAGACAGAAAAUAAUUAGCUAUUUGAGUUUUAGCAUGACUCUCCGAUAAGAUAGUAGGCUGACACUAAGUCGUGGUCAAAUCUUCCAUCAAAUAUUUAGUAGUUGCAGUAAUAAAGCAUUUAAAAAGAUGAAAAUCUGCAAAGCAAUAUCAAAGCAAGUAGUACUAAUAGAGAAUAAUAGCAGCCUGAUAAUCCAUUGAUGUAAUUGAUUAGCUAGGUUAAAUAAAUCAAAGAACAAAGAAAAACAAAUGAUAAUAGCGAUGAUAUUAAUCUUGAAAACAGCAUUACUAAAAGCAUACCAAGAGAAAAUAAUAAUUCAGGGGAAAGUGAAAAAUAAAAACCACGCAGCAAUCAAGACAUGAUUAAGGCCAUAGAAAGUAACCCUAUCAAGGACAAGAUAUAAUCAAGAAUUAAGAGGAAAAUGCUAGGAUCUAUUAAUAGCAAUGUUUCCAACAUAUCUAACAUAGACAACGGAGGAUCUGGCUCUCAAAUAACAUUGAAUCAAGACUUAUAAAAAUAGACGAAGGCUCAAGGGAGGAGGUUAAAAGAAAAAAUAAAUGAGGAUUGCAUAUAUUGCCUAAGAAGACAUAUAACAGUGCUAUAACUUGAAUGUGGCCAUAAAUUCUGCGCAUUUUGCUUAGAAAUGCAGCAUAAUAUCACAAUGAUAAUGCCUGAAAAUAAAGGAAUUCUAAAUAGAUUGGUUAGAUGCUAUUCUUGUAAAUCUCAGCAUAAACUCUCAGCCGAAGAGGCUUUUCAAAUAAGAUCUCAUAUAAGAGAUAAAAGGGUUACCUAGCCAAUUCCCCAGCCACCUCUUGUCAGAGGUUAUAAAAAAUGUGAAACCUGCUAUAAAGUUACUUAGCGAUUGGAUAUGCUGAGUAAUGCCGAAUUUGAAUGUCUUAGCUGCAACUUUUUACUCUGUGGAGACUGUUUAAACAUACACUUUUAGAAUCCUUAGAAUGAAGAUCAUAGAGUAUUGAAGCUUUUGGACAAUGGUAACCUAGAAAGAACAGAAAAUGAUUUCUGCGAGCAUCAUAGAGAAUGUGAUUUUGAAGUGAUGUUUAAACUUCUUGAGAAAAAGUACAGUGAGUUAUAUCAAAAGAUUGAAAGGGCUUUUCAAAAUUCAUUGAAAGAAAGUGAUAUUGUUUAAUAAGGUUUUAACUCAAUGUAGCAAAGACUCACAUAUUUGCAGGCCGUAAACCCUUAGAGAGAUGUCGAUAUUUUGAUGAUCAAUAAAUUGAGUGAUGAUAUUUUGAGUAUGGACGUAGAUAUGAAAUUCUUCUAUGACUUUGAUAUUUCAGAUUCAGUGUUUGUUAACAAUCCAAUGAACAGAAUGGAGAUCGUCAUGACUGACUAUGAUUUUAGGGAUGUUUCUAGUAGGUAACUUAAAAAUCUCAGAUAUUGCUUUGUAGAUUCAAAGAUACUUGACGGGCCCAUGCAUAUUACGAAUGAACUAUAUAUAAUGUUCCCAAGAAUUAAGAGCAGUGAAUUAAUUUAUAGAAUGGGCCGAGAUGGGAUUUCUCCAGAGAUUUUCCACAAAAGGUGUGACAAUAAAGGAGCAACAAUGAUGAUUAUAAAAACAUAGUAAGGGCAUAUAUUUGGCGGUUAUAAUCCCAGUUCUUGGGUAUCUUAGUAUUGCUAUUCUGAUUGUGAUGACGCCUUUUUAUUUUCGAUAUUUACACCUGGUGCCAAGCGGCCUCCAUUUAAAUGUCCAGUUAAAAAAGACAAAUAGGAAUUUGCUAUUAAAAAUGCUGAAGCUGGUUUUAGUCCUGGCUUUGGAGAAGCGAAUAACUGCGAUUUAUUUAUUGCUUUUAAAAACCCUAGCAAAAGUUAUUCUAAACUAGGCACUGUCUAUUAACCACCUUUUUAAUACAGUCAUUUACCUUUAUUUGAGAUUCAUAGCUUGCUAGCUGGAACUCCUACGAAUUGGGAAAUAUCAGAAAUAGAAAUUUACUCUGUAAAAAUAUAGGAUAAUUUGGAAAUUUGA